UGUUAUUAACGUUAAAGUAAACAUUUGGCUUAGGCGGUUGUGUGCUAUUGAAACGCCCUCAGUUUACCGCGUGGAUAUAUCAAGGCUCUUUUAGUGAAGUGAGCAAUUUCUGCCACUUGCAGGGCUGUGUGGAGGUAGCUAGCAUGGCUAGCGGCCUUAAUGUUACGGUAACGUUAGCUAACAGUGGCUAAAACUUGAGUAAUUCCCGCGGACUAAUAGUUUCACGGCCUUUGGGUUUUAUACGCGGCUCAUUCUAAAAACUGUUGCAUUGGCGUUAUUUCAACCAACCUAAGUAACCAACCUAGAAGAGCAGCGAACAUCGCACCAUGGACUCGGAGAUCUUGAACAUAGAGGAGAUCGUAAUGGGACGGGGCUUGCCAGAUCCACCACCUGAGGUUCCCCCGGAAAAGCCGACAGAACCCUACAAACCCAUCACUCUGAAUGGACCUCCGGCUCCCUCGGUUCAUUCCUACCAGCAUGAAAACCUGCAGUGCUUCCAGUGCUUCAUCACGUUCUGCAGUGCAAAAGCCAAGGAGAGACACAUGAAGAAGAGCCACCGGGAGGAAUACAAGCAGCAGCUUCAGCAGGGAAACACAUUGUUCACAUGCUACGUGUGCGACCGCACAUUUCUGUCAUCUGAGGAACUGACGCAGCACCAGCCAACACACAGCAAGGAUGACAAGCCCUUCAAAUGUGUUCACUGCAAAGAGAGCUUUAAAACGUUCUCUGAACUCACAUCCCAUAGAAGACAGGUGUGCCCAGAGAAACAGAUGGUUUGUAAAGAUUGCAAUGAAACGUUCCGUAGUGCCGGACUGCUGCGUGCUCAUCGCCUGACCCAGCAUCCACGCCCAGAUGUCGAGACUACAGAACAGCCAGAGGAUUCUACAAAAACCCAUCGCUGUAAGAAGUGCGGCCAGGGAUUUGAAGCUGAAUCGGAGCUGAUAGCACACCAGGAGAAGUACCCCGAAGGUCAGCAGUGCAAUGGCAGUGCUUCAUCUGUCAAGAAACGCGGACGGCCUGCCAAGGCCGAAGACCCGGCAGGUGCUGAGAAAAAGGGAAAGCGGAAAAAGAAAGAGGAAGCAGACAUUCCCGAGGAGACCGUGAAGGCCGGCAGCACAUCAGACUUGACGGCAACCCCAGCAGAAGAAAAAGGGAAAGCAGGCGGAGCAAAGCGUGGCCGUCCCUCGAAGGUGACAGCAAAGUCAGAAACGGAAGAUAAAACUCCCGAGGACGAGAGCCAGGCUUCAGCAAAGGAGAAGAAACCUAAAGCAGAGCCGAUCCCACCCCGUCAGCACCCGUGCCCCGAGUGCGACCUCACAUUCCCCGGCUUGAUUCAGCUCCGUGCUCACAAGAAGGAGAAGCACGCCCCACGGAAAGCCCACCCCUGCGAAGAAUGUGAAGAGAGCUUUGCCCGUCCAGAGCAGCUGGAUGCCCACAUGUCCCGGGCGCACGCCGUGGGCCGAUUUGCCUGUCCGACCUGCGGGAAGAGCUUUGGCCGAGAGCGCACAUUGAAAGCUCACCAGAAAAGCCACCCAGAGGAAAAGCCUGAAAACACAAGUGGAAAAAGAUAAUUGAGGCAUGGAGACUUUGCAGAUUUUAUUCAUAAAUUUUCCUUUUUACCCACCCCUGUCUCUCUUUUUCUUUUUUUAAACUUUGGGGAUCUCGUACUGCAGAUGAUGUUGGUUUUUGAGAAUGAAGUUUUGGUGAUGAGAUUGAUUUUGAUUACCGGCUGUUGAAAUUUUGGUCAAAGAGACACAUCUCCUAAAUUAACUAACCAGAUAUGAAACCCAACUAUUACACCGUUUGUCACAAAUUAGUCUGUAAAAACAGAAACUGUUUGGAUUAACUUUUUAAAGGAUUUUCUUUUUUAAGUGUGAAAUGCGUGUGAAUUUAUUACUUUGUGUUUUGAGUUGUUGAACUCACUUUGUGGUAAAAAAAAAAAGUUCUCUCUUUUUUUUUUUCUCCCUUAAAUUUUGGGCAAUUACAUGUGUUGAGGUAAAUUUAGAUACCUGGUAGCGAUACUAUGUUUCAUUGUUUAGUCAUUUUUUUUGUUUGUUUGUUUUGUUUUUCAAGAAGAAUUAUGUCAUGUACAGCUUCGGGUUCUUAUUGUGCAUUUUUACACUUAAUAUUUUGAUUAUAUUACUUUAUAAAUUAAGUCUCAUUGAGGAGGAAUUUUAAAAUAACACGAUUAAGCUCUGCUGAAAGUUUAUUUUUUGCUAAGUGCUCCCAGUUCAAUGUGGAGUGGUUGGCAUGUGGGCAGAAAUGAUCCACUUUAAUCCUGAUUUGUCUGAUGCUAAAAUGUAAUCCCUUAUUUUUUCACUUGUUUAAAGGACCAGUGUGCAGGAUUUAGGGUGGUCUAUUGGCCAAAAUGAAGUACAAUAUUCAUAAUUGUAUAUACUAAACUGGAAUUACUAACCACAUUAGUAUCUACAGAGGGAGACGAUCCUCACCUGAGAGAGGUCCGUGUAGUUUUGUAGAGAAGAAAACUCUGUAAACGUAAAUACAUGCCAUCCAUGUAAAAUGCAAAGUAGGUGUGUCAUGUAGUCGCCAUUUUUCUAUAGUAGCCUGGAAUGAACAAACCAGACCUUAGCCACAAGAAGGGCCUUUCCUGCUGUUCAGUCACAAGUAGUUGUAUAUGCUUGGAAAAUGACUUUGGUCGCAAUCUGCAACCUCACCACUAGAUGCCAAUGAAUCCUACACAAUGCUCUUUUAAAAUGAUCUUUAAUGUCUUAGACAUUUUUGAAUGGGACUGGUGGUUCUUUAAUGCUCUAGCAUCCAAUAAGGAACUGUGUAUAUCAUGUGUUACUCACUGAUCGGAUUGUUCUUUCCCCACUGCAAUGUGUCUGGACAUGAAAUAAAACUUGCUAUCCCAAGGGAGGCUGCUGAAAA